AGCUUCUUUUCCCACUUCAACACCUACAUCUACCACCUCAUCUCUUCGACCGAGUCCCUCGCAUAUACCACUAAAGGCGUACUCGAAGACUUCGCCAACGAUGGAGUCGUCUACCUCGAAAUACGCACUACGCCUCGGCGAAUGACGGAGACUUUGUCUGCCGAGGACGCUGUACGGGUCGUGCUGGACGUGAUGACCGCCUGGAACGCCUCGGAGCACGCUCUGAAGGCGCGCCUCAUACUGUCAAUCGACCGGUCCAAGCACUCCCCUCAUCAAGCCACCGAGAUCGUCCAGCUCGCUUUAAGGCUGCGAGCGGAAGGCCUACCCGUCGUUGGCGUAGACCUCUCGGGCGACCCGCACGGACCCCUGCCGGACUAUCAAGCCGCUUUUGACCUCGCACACACCUCCAACCUACCCAUCUCCCUUCACUUUGCCGAGGUGCCCCGCGCAUCCGACGCCGAACUGACCCAACUACUCGGUUAUCAUCCCUCCCGCCUCGGUCAUGUCAUUCACGUCCCCCCAAACAUCCGCCAGACCAUCCUCGACCGCAACAUCCCCGUCGAGCUCCUCUUGACUUGUAACAUCCUCGCUGGGAUGUUGCCGGACGCAUCGAAGGAUCCAGGCGGACAUCAUUUUGGCUGGUGGUAUGCCCAACAAGGGGGUAUGAGUAUCGGGACUGACGAUGUGGGCGUCUUUGGGGCGUGGGUGUCGGACGAGUAUGCGCUGGUCGGGCAGCAUUUUGGAUUGAAGAAGAGGGAGAUGGUGCAGCUGGUCAAAAGGGGUGUAGGGGGGAUGUUCGAUGAGCGAGAAAGGAUUAGGGUAGGAAAGCUCCUGGACGAGUUUGAGCGGGACAUAUAA